AAAUAGAAGGUAUUAUCAAGAAAUAAGCAUUGUUUGCAGCAAACCCGAUUUGGACUUUGCACUCAUUUAUCAAAGUACAGAGUAAAGUAAACCAAAAGGAAAAUGUCUUUAAUGUGUUCAAUCACCAUGGGUAUGCAUGUUUGUCUGAUUCAGUGACAGUUUGAAUGGCUUUCUCUGCUGCAUGGCACCAUCUGCUUCUUCUGUGGAUUUAUUCUGUCAUCUGGGUUGUCUCAGAUCUGCCUUGCUGCUCAUCUAGCAGUGCCCAUGAUAAGAAUAAAUGCAGUGAGCAAUGUGGGUCCCUUGCAAUUCCUUACCCAUUUCAUCUCAGUAGGCAAUGUGGACUCCCAGGCUUCAAGCUGGAAUGCAUGAACUCAUCCACUCUUGUCGUAAGGCUAGACAAUGUAAAAUACACCAUUCUUAGCUUCUCAUCCGACAGCAUAGUCAUAGAUCCUCUGGGAUCAACUUGUGAGCUCAGUGUGAAAUCUUUUCGUUUCAGGGGCAAUAAAUACUAUGGAAUCUCUCUUGAAAAUUUUCUGCAACUGUCAGAUUGCAGAAACUCCUCUGCCUGUCUGGUUAACUGCAAUAUCCCCAUCAAAAGAAAUAAUGCAGAGUGUAAAUACAAUGCAACUUGCUGCUACCCUCUUGCGAAUGCCACAUUGUGGCAAGUCGGUGAUAGUAUUUCGAACUUUUCAAGGUUUCACUGCAAUGCGUUUAGCAGUUGGGUUUUGUCCAGCCCUUCUGCUCACACUGUAAAUGCAGAGUAUGGGCUGAAAAUGGAGUGGGCUGUGCCCGGUAGUUGCUCAAAUGUUAGCUGCUCUCCUAAUGCACAAUGUGUUGAAGCAAACACCAUCAAGGAUGGUGUUCGAUGCCAGUGUAAACAUGGCUUUGAAGGGGAUGGAUUUGCCGAUGGAGUUGGAUGUUUGAAAGCUUGCCUUACAAAGGAUGGUCGUACAUCAUAUGAAAAGGACUGUAACAGUGCAAGAUCUGUCAUAAAUGUUGCUGUGUUAGCAGCUGGAAUAGUGGGAACGGCAACUAUUCUGGCAGGAUUUAUUGUUUCCUUUGCCCUGUUAAGGCGUUACAAGUAUUCAUCCUUGGAGAUAAAAAGACGUGGUGAUCCUAGCCAACUUGCAAGCCUUCUUUCUAUUCAUGGUAAAGCAUGCACCACAAAAUUAUUAACAUAUAAAGAGCUGGAGAAAGCUACAAAAGGAUUUGCACCAAGUGAGAAACUUGGAAAUGGUGCUUGUGGUACAGUUUAUGCAGGAAAGCUCCCUAAUGGAUGUCUGGUUGCCGUAAAGAGAAUACAUUAUGGAAGUACUCAGGGCACGCAACAACUUAUCAAUGAAGUUAAUGUCCUCUCAACUGUUAGACAUCGUAAUUUAGUACGCCUUCUUGGUUGUUGCAUUGAAAUGGCUAGCCCACUCUUAGUGUAUGAGUUUGUUCCUAAUGGCACCUUGGCAGAGCAUUUGCAGCAUGAAAGAGGAGAAGGUCUAAAUUGGCUGACACGGAUUACUGUGGCAACUGAGACUGCCAAAGCUAUUGCAUACCUACAUUCUACAGUGAAUCCACCAAUAUACCAUCGAGAUGUGAAGUCAACUAAUAUUCUUCUAGAUUAUGAUUACACUGCAAAGGUUGCAGACUUUGGACUUUCUAGGCUGGGACUUCCAGAGGGAUCUCAUAUCUCCACUACUCCUCAAGGUACUCCCGGGUACCUUGACCCAGAAUACCAUCAAAACUUCCACCUCUCGGACAAGAGUGAUGUGUAUAGCUUUGGUGUGGUACUUAUUGAAUUAAUUACAGCCAUGAAACCAGUUGACUUUUCUCGUGACAAGAAAGAGGUUAAUUUAGCUGCCCUUGCACUGGCAAAGAUUGGGAACAAUUGUCUUGAUGACAUUAUUGAUCCCUUCCUCCAGGUUCAGAAGCAACCAUUGCUCCGAGCACUGGUGCAAAGAGUUGCUGAGGUUGCUUUUCGCUGUUUGUCGUAUGACAAAGAUGCUAGACCUACCAUGCUAGAAGUUACAGAGGAGCUUUUACUAAUAAAAAAAGAUAGCAUGAAUAUAAGGAUCCCCUCGCCACAGGAAAACUGCGAAGUAAGCUUAGAAAACUUAAUUUUGCAAAAGGCUAAUAUGUCUCCCAACUCUACGCAUGCACCUUGGACAAGCAAUGAUAGCUCGAUGACAGCCAGUACACCAAGUACAAGUGGCUAGCAGCAAAUUUAAUAGGCUCUUGUAUUCAUGGACAUUCUGACUUUAUUUGUAUGUAUAAUUACUAAAUUUUGUGCUCUUGUGAA